CACGGUCAAGGUCAUCAGAAGGUUAGAUCACUCAUGAAAUGUCCAGAUCUCCUGGUCCAAUACUGGUAUACGAUCAAAAGAAGAGGAAAUGCGCGUUGCAGGAAGACGAUCAAACUGGUAGAAAUCUUUCGCGUUUAUUGGAAAUAUUACGUACAUAUAAACCUGAUCUAGCUUCUGAACUUUUGCUCUCACUGAGUUCAUUUCCAAGGUUUAUAAGCUGUGUUCAAAAUCAAUAUCUUCUUGACAAUUUCGACCCACUUGUAUUUAUCGGAGAUGGUGGUUUCGGAACCGUUUACAAGACAAGACACAAAAUUGACGGGAGGGCCUACGCAAUCAAGAAGAUUUCCGGCUCACGUCCGAGAGAUACUCUCGAGCUUGCUAGGUCUGAAGUGUAUACAAUGUCGCGACUUAAUCAUGUAAACAUAGUUAGAUAUAUCACGUCAUGGCUAGAUUACGAAUGGAUAUCUGUUGAAAGCAAUAGUGAAGUUUCCAACUGUAAUCUUACUUAUACAUGUACUAAUAAUUAUUUAACUCAUCCAUCAACCAUUAUGAAUAUAAAACAUAUUGAGUCUAGAAAUAAUCGUACUCCGGUUAAAUCUUCAUUUAAUACUCUUCUUACGCCCAAUAAAUUUAAUGAUUCUUGGGAAAUUAAUGAAAACCCAGCAACCAAUGCAUUAUCACUACCAGAUGAAAGACGAAAGAAAAAACGUAGAAAUAAUCUGAAAGUCGAUACUUCAUCAGAUAUCAAAGCAUUCGUUCCUAAUAAAGAAUUAAUUCCUGUCAAUCAUUUUGAUAAAUCACAUCCCGGUUUGUGUAUUCGACGACCUGUUCUUUGUAUUCAAUUAGAACUAUGUCAGUAUAAUUUAGCAGAUUGGUUACGGCAUAGAAAUAACUUGCACUCUAUUAAUACUUCUAUCCCCAAUAAUCAGUUGAAUAUCUCACCGCUUUUAUAUCAAACAGUUCAACGUGCUCCUGUUCGUUGGUUAAUGGAUCAAAUAGUUUCAGGUGUUGCGUAUUUACAUUCUGAAAAUGUAAUUCAUCGUGAUCUUAAGCCUGAAAAUGUACUAAUAUGUGGGCCUCCAUUGCAUUCAAUCACUAAUAUCCCAUGUACAUGUAUUGUUGAUCGACGAUUAUCGCAUAAACAUUUGGACAACGAAAGAGAAAACUCAAUCCAUUUGUCUUCAUCUUCCCUUUUACCAACAAAUAAUAAUAAUGAUUAUUAUAAUAAUUAUAAUGACAAUAGUUGUAAGCAUUCAGUUUCAAAAGUAUCAAAUUGUUAUCAUCAAUUAAUUGUGAAAAUAUGUGAUUUUGGAUUGGCAAGAAUAUUGUUAGAUUAUCCAUCAUUUAAUGUAAUGAAUUCAUACUCUGAUUCAUCAGACAUUUUGCAUUCAUUUAACAAAAACACACAUGUACAAAAUCAAAAUGAUACCAACAUAUCGAAAUUUUCAUCUCAUUUAAAAUCAUUAUCUUUAUCACAGUCAAAUCAAACUUCAUUGUUUAAUGAAACUAGUUUAUUACUUAAUGAUGAUGAUAAUAAUAAUAAUAACGAUGAAGAUAACAGUGAUGAGUAUCCAUCGUUAUCGAUAUUGUCAACAUCAUCUAGUCGAAGUACUGAUUCGGAUAGUUUAAUUCAGUUUAAAAACAGUUCAAGAUAUUCUUCAGAUAAUUUAUCAGAAUAUGAUGAAUCAAUAAUGAAUUCUAUACAAUCCAAUCAAAAUGGAAGACAAAAUAAAAUGAAAUCUAAUCAGGAAUUCACUAUAGUGAAUUCAUCUAAUAAUAAUAAUGUAUAUCAAACAAAUGAUAAUUCUGACGAAAAACAUUUAUUAUUGUCAAAAUAUAAACCAGUAACGACAACUAAAACACAUCAGACAUUGUUUUAUUUAACAGCUGAUUUAGGUAGUUCAAUUUAUACUGCACCAGAAGUUCAAAAUUAUUGUAAAAAUAAAUCACAUCAACGAACAUUGUACAAUUAUAAGGUUGAUAUUUAUAGUUUAGGUGUAAUAUUCUUUGAAAUGUUACAUCCAUGCUUUACAAGAUCUGAAUUAAUAACCUAUUUAGAACAAUUUAUCAAUGCAUCAUCAUUAACUAAUUAUCGUAAUAUGAAUAAUCAGAACAUCUCAAAUGAUCUUACCAACCAGUGUAAUAUUAAUGUUCAUACUAAACAUGGAAUUAUGGAUUAUUUGUUAGAUAUAUUUCCUCGUUCAAUGCUGUCAACUUGGCCUUAUGAAAGUCAAUUAGUUGCUAGAAUGUUAAAUCUUCAUGUUCAAUAUCGUCCUAAUGCAAUGGAAAUAUUAGAAAUAUUAUCAGUCAACUCAGAGAGGAUUAUAUUUUAAAAGUUUUUGUUCAAAAGUCAAACUGUCUGUUGGCAGCAUUCGUCACAGUUUGAAGUAACUUGUCGUUCCAUUAAGAACUGAUGAAUACUUGAUAUCUGUUUCGUCCUAAUUUUAAACCCCACAGUAACGUGCACCUAUGACCUAACUAGUGACUGACUUAUAGUUUCCAGAUCUCGGGGAAAAUCGCAUCACUGUAGAUGCAUCUAAUUCAUUUGUAGAUAUUGUUUCUAAGAAUUUGAAAAUGGAAUCAACAAUACACGAAGAUAAAAAAGUAUCUUAUCCACUGAAAGGCAACUUUUCAAAUUAUCAAUUAAUUGAUUAUUUGAUAUGGCGUAAUCGAGAACUGGAACAAAAACUCCAUGAAACACAAGAACGUCUUUCUCUGUAUGAAAAAGCAGAUAAAAUAGAAAAUGUAUAGGGAUGAAUUUUCUGCAUCACUAGAUAAAAUGAGUUAUUUUUAUGAUCAUCUAACUUUCUUCAUGAUAGUUUCAUGUACAUAACAUAGAAAUAAAUGAUUAUUUAUUUUGAAAAGUUUUUCUCCUUCUAACAAAAUGAAUCCAAUGGCUAUAUAAGGAUAAUUCAGUGAAUAAAAUUUUCUUUUUGACAAAUAUCAUUUGCCAAAGUUGUACAUAGUCACAUUUUGGUAAGUAGUAUCAUUGAAGCAGAACUGUCCCUCAUUGUGUUAUCUUAAUUUUGCUCCAAUGACAAUGGGUUUGUUUCAUUAUUUUUUUUGGGCAAUCAUAAAAUCUAGAUGCAUGUGCUACACUGUUUUACUCGUGAUUAUUUUGGGGUCACAAGGUUGUAUUGUCAUGCUUGACAUUCAUUGGUAGUAAUAAAUUACAUUCACUGAAGAA